CUUGCUGUCCACGUCCAUAGCGGACGGCGACCCUGAACGGCCUCUUAUCGACAUCCUUGUUUGAGUGUGGAGCCCCCAAACAUUUCUGGCUAUCAGUAUUUACAGAUAUUUGCCUACCCUACAACCAGCCACGCCCAUGGCCGACGUCCGCGCCCUGCUCAAAGCCAAACGCGAAGAAGCGCGUAUUUCCCACCCCCUUGCAUCCUACAAUACCAACGGGCAGCUCAGGUGCAUCGCAUGUGGGCCCGUCAAGCACGCAUCGGCUUGGGAAGGGCACCUCGGGAGCAAGGCGCACCGCACGAACGUCGCCCGUCUGCGGGAGGAGGAGCGGCGCCGGGAGGCCGAGCGCGUGAGGCAGGAAGAGCAGGAGGAAGACGAGCGGCGGCGGCGGCUCGCCAGCGGCAAGCGGAGACAGGAGGAGGAUGACACCGAGGACGCGGACAUGGAGGAUGUUCAGCAGCCCGAGUCGAAGCGCCAGCGGGUCGACGCAGGUCCCGGUGGCGAUUCGUUCCCGGCCGACUUUUUCUCGGACCCAUCGCGCGCGGCGCCGGCGCCUCCGUCGGACGACGAAGAUGAACAACAGCCACUCCCUGCCGCUCUCCCAACAGCUUCGGCUGCGCCUGCACUCGACGCUGAAUGGGAACGAUUUCAACGCGAAGUCGUGAAUGUACCGGACCACAUGGAGACGUACGACAACGCGACGGUCAUGGCGGAGGCGCAGCUGGUGGACACACUCGAAGGUCUCCCGUCACAAAACGCAGAGGAAGAACCGAUGGACGAUGCUGCAGAGCAGGAGGAGAAACGGCGUCAGCGAGAAGUGGAUGAGCGAGAACUGAUCAUGGAUCGCUUAUUGGAGGAGGAGAGGGCGCAGGAAGAGGCUGACAUGAAAGUGGUGGUGAUGAAGAAUAAACUGGAAGCGCUGAAACGCAAGAGAGAAGCUGCCAAAGCGGCAAAAACAUCUAAACUUCCUACAUAGCUCACAGAAAUAUGUGCAUGCACAGUCAAUCUGUGUGAUAUUAUGAUAAGUACAAUACGUCUCCGAGGUAUAUGGGAGUGCGGGGACAACUCUAAUCACUGGCGAUGGAGUCGUCGUCUGCAAGGAAUGGUCUGUAGAGCAGGCGUGAGCUUCAACUGACGCGAAAAGAGAAAUCGAGACGAACGCGUAGUCAUAGUCAUUCCUGAU